CUGUUUUUACUUCUUGAUUAACUGCGCAGCGAAAGUCAACAUGAACUCCACGUUUUGUUUACUGGCGGGAACAAUUUUGGCGAUAUUGACGUACUAUGGCGCUCAGGGAUACUGCAUGGCAGGCAUGUCGAAGCAAGAGGUCAAAGCAACCGAUGACGGAAAACUGGAUGUAGUGACCUAUUGCGAAUACAAAGGAAUCAGGAUAGAAGUCAACGCUACCAAAGAAACAGAUGACUGUUUUCGUUGCACUUGUAGUGAGAGAUAUAUGUCCUGCUGCGGCUAUGGUAUACAUGCUGGGGUGAUAAUGCCUGCUGCCGGCUGUAAGAUUGUCACCGGUGCUGACGGAUGCAAGCCUCUACACGUCAAAGUCGACGACGAGACCAAGGACUGCUUCAGUGGGGAGAGUGUGAUUGGGAAAUAAACAGCUGACAGAAAAGAUUUGGCCUACAAGAUAACAUGCACAAGAAAAUAACUCAAGAAUAUCAUUGUUGCAGGAAAUAAUUCAAGUUUGUGCUACAAGGAUUUCCUUUUUGGUUAGUAAAGUUGCGUUUUCUGA